AUGGCAAACAGCAAUUUACCCCGGAGAAUCAUCAAGGAGACUCAGCGUCUUCUCAGCGAACCAGCACCGGGGAUAAGUGCAUCUCCAUCGGAAGACAAUAUGCGGUAUUUCAAUGUUAUGAUUCUUGGUCCAACACAGUCUCCUUAUGAAGGAGGUGUUUUCAAGCUGGAGUUAUUUUUACCAGAAGAGUACCCAAUGGCUGCUCCCAAGGUUCGGUUCCUCACGAAAAUAUACCACCCUAACAUUGAUAAGCUAGGAAGGAUAUGCCUUGAUAUUCUUAAAGACAAGUGGAGUCCUGCUCUUCAGAUUCGAACAGUUCUUUUGAGCAUUCAAGCACUUUUGAGCGCUCCAAAUCCAGAUGAUCCGCUCUCUGAAAACAUUGCUAAGCACUGGAAAACAAAUGAGGCCGAAGCUGUUGAAACAGCAAAAGAAUGGACGCGUUUAUAUGCAAGUGGUGAGUGA